AUGGGGCAUUUGCAUAUCCGGACGUCAAGAGAGGUCUACAGCGCGCGCCGACGAUGGACGACAGGAUCUACCGACUUGAGAAAGCUGGGCUCUGUGAUAUUCGAUAAAAUUCACGACCUGAAGGUUGAUGUUGAACUCGACGCAUCAUCGAGGAAAACAAACGUGAUUGCUGGGAGCUCAGAUACGACUGGGUUACAAGUCGAGAGCUUCCAGAAACACAAGCCCAGCAAGCAUGUUCAGGGCCAUCGCUCCUCGACGAGCAAGCGCAAAUCCAAGUCCAAGGUCACGAAAAGUGCCAAGUAUCUACCCACACGGAAGCGGGAUCCCAGAGAAGAUACACUGGUCAUCCGCCUGACAAAUAGAUGCAAGAAGCUACAAAAGGCCAGGCUAAAGCUUGAGAAUGAGAAGCAUGAUGCUCAUUUUGCUGCUAGCAAACUGCGCCAAAAACUUGAGAAGAAGCAGAAGAAGUUGUCUAAAGUGAGACUUCUGUCGGAAGGAAAAGAUCUAGAGAUAGAUCUCCUGAGAGAAGGCAUCAAUACAAUCGAGCAAGAACUAAAGUCGUCGAGCAGGGGGGAUUUUGAUGGAUCCUCUGAGGACUGUCAGGGAAUCGGUACUGGCUUGCAGUUAUGUGCCAAACCCACCGCUGAAUGUCAGUCUCAAGACUCGGACCAGGCCACACCGAACAACGGUAGCUACAAGACCGCGGAUCUCUGGAGCCAAGAAUAUGGGGCUACUACCGGCAAUUCAAGCUUUUGGAACGGGCCCAAAACGGCGCCCUCAAUCAAAUCGGAGCCUUAUCAGAUGUUUGACCAUGGGGGCAGGAAAGAUUUACUCUGCCUCAAGACAAACUCCGCACAGAAGAGUUCCCGCUGCACCACUGAAUCCGAGUCCCUAAUCGACUCUCUUGAGUCUGGAUCGCCUAUAGACAUUUCUAGCGACGACAACGUCGUCGUCAGAACAUCACGCCGACCACUCCGAAACACAAAGAAAGUCAAUUACGACGUGGGGGCGCCCGAACACUGGCCGAUUGAGUUCUUCAACUGA